GGGGAGUUGCUUGGCCAAAAAUUCAGACAGAGUCAGCAAAACGGUGCCGUUGCGGUCAAGGGAGGGAGCUAAAUCAUUGAGUCGAUGAUAAACAUAUGGGAUGACGAUGCAGGGUCAUAGAAUAUUAUACUGAUUUCUCUCAGCAUAAAACCCAAGAAAACCCUUCACACGAUCCAAGAAUUAACUGCCGAAAAUUGAAAAACCAGACAAACCAAUACGCGCUUGUCUGAAACUUCACUGUCUCUCUGAGGUGGGUUCUGUUUGUUUAGAGUGAAAUUUGGAGGGGUUCCUGAGGUUCUGGAGUUUGAAUGCAAGAAUUGUUGAGGGGCAGAGCUGACUGAUUGGGUCUGGGACUGCCUUUUUCAGGUGGGUUCUGUUUGUUUAGAGUGAAAUUGGAGGUGCCUGAGGUUCUGGAUUUUGAUUUGGAAUGGUUUCUGAGAAAUUUGGUUAUGUUAACAAGUUAAUAGAAUAAGGUAAGGUGAUUGGUUAUGAUCCGAUGGUAAAAGUGUUUGCUUUUAUUUGGAUUUGGAAGAAUUGAGGGUGAGAAUUUGCGGGUAUCUAAUAGGAUUUUUUUUUUUGUUUUUUUGUGGUUUAUUUUGAACUUGUAGGGAGUUUGGAAUUUGGGUUUUCUGGGAUCGUAUGAGGGGUUGAGUUCUAUCGGGUUUAGACAUUUUUUAUUAUCGGAUCCCUGUAUAUAUUUUGAUUUUUGAUGCUAGACGGAGUUCGAGGAGUUGAAAUUUUGAUUCCUGGUGGGUUAUAGUCUUGCACUUUGAAAUAUAAGGAACUAGAGUGUUCAAUUAUGUUUCAGGCCUGGAAUUUGGAACUUCACGAGAAAUCUUGUGGUGCAAUCUGAUAGUCAAUGUGUUAAUUGGAUUUGAAGGACGGAUGCGCAGAUUGAAGGGUUUGCUAAUUAAUCAGUGUACUCUAAAUAUAUAGGGAGCUUGGAGAUUUUGGUGCUCUGGGAAGGCUUCAGAUUUCAUUGUUGUGGUUGAUGGUUAAGUUCUGGGUUUUGAAUUUUGGGGGCUUUGUUUUACGGGUUUAAAUUAAAGAUGGAUGAAUCUCCAGGCAGUUCAAAUUCACCACCUCCAUUUCUUACUAAAACAUAUGAAAUGGUGGAUGAUCCUACUACAGACUCAAUUGUCUCUUGGAGUCAGACUAAUAAAAGCUUCAUCGUGUGGAAUCCAGAAGAUUUUUCAAGGGAUUUGCUGCCGAGGUUCUUCAAGCACAAUAACUUCUCCAGCUUUAUCAGGCAGCUCAAUACAUAUGGCUUUAGAAAAAUUGAUUCAGAGCAGUGGGCAUUUGCAAAUGAGGAUUUUAUCAGAGGUCAGCCACACCUUCUGAGGAACAUCCAUAGACGCAAGCCAGUUCAUAGCCAUUCCAUACAGAAUCAAAAAGGACAAGGGACUUCUUGUCCAUUAUCUGAAUCUGACAGAGAGGGUUAUCGGGCUGACAUUGAAAGGCUGAAACAUGAUAAGGGGGCACUUCUUUUGGAGUUACAGAGGCAUAAAGAAGACAGGCAAGGACUUGAGUUGCAAAUGCAGCAUCUAAAGGAUCGCUUACAACAUAUGGAACAACGUCAGCAAACUGUGAUAUCUUACUUGGCUCGAAUGUUGCAGAAACCAGGGCUUGCCUUAUCUUUCCUACCGUCAAUGGAAACCCAUAACAGAAAGAGAAGGUUGCUGACAAGUAAUUGUUUCUAUGAUGAGUCUGAUGUUGAAGAGAAUCGCAUAGCAACUUCCCAUACAGUGAACACAGAAAAGCUUGAUGCUACUUCUGUUUUGGAGCUGGUGGAGUUUUUGGAGUCAUCCCUAAGUUCUUGGGAGGAUAUUCUUGAUGAAUUUCGUCCAACUUCUGGUGAAGAGGUAAUAUAUGGUGUUGGGGUGCCUGCACAGCCUUUUGCAGUUGUUCUUACUGAAAUUGAUGCAUCAUCAGGGGAUGCAGACAUAAAUUUGCAACAGCAAUCACCUAGGUUAAAUCUAUCUUCUAAUUGUUCAAGGGACGUUAAUUCAUCCGUGGAGUUGGAUGAAUCUAUGAGUUGUGCAGAAAGUCCAGGUAUAUCUUACAUUCAACUUAAUAUUGAUACUAGGUCUAAAUCUACUGGGAUUGACAUGAAUUGCAAGCCCGCUGCUACUGCUCCUGAGGUUACUACCUUAAAAGAACAAGUAGUUGGAGCUGCAUCUCCUGUUCCAACUGGGGUCAACGACGUAUUCUGGGAACAGUUCUUCACUGAGAAUCCUGAUUCAUCAGCAGAGGAAGUUCAGUUAGAAAGAAAGGAUGAUGAAAGCAGGAAGAAUGAAGGGAAGCAUGGUGAUCAUGGCAGGUUUUGGUGGAAUGCAAGGAGUGCAAAUAAGCUUGCAGAUCAAAUGGGACAGCUUACUCCAGCAGAGAGAACUUGAUGUUAGUCAAUUCUUUUUCAAGUUUUGAUGCAUCAAUAGUUUGGUGUAAUAAAUUUAGGCACAUUUGAUUUUUGAUCUGGCAGUGAAUAGACAUGUUAUUUGAGUUAUCUUUUCUGUACACAUGAUCUUAUGUAGGAUGGUGUCUCCAUCAUUUAUCAACUUUUUGGCUCUUUCAUGAUUUCAACUAUCUUAUAUGGCUUUUUCAGGCUCCUUCAA